AUUGGCCGUCUGAACAGUGGCAGGGCUGAUAAACCCCCAGGCUUCCCUGCUGUUCCACAUCACUCUGCUUUACUCUGUGUGUGUAUACGUGUUUUUAUAUAUGUGUUUGAAACAAACAGAAAGCCUGUAAGGACCUACGAGAGGGAGAACUCUUCUGUUUGCCUGACACUUCAAAAACAUGGACGCUGCAGAGUUCCGGAGACGCGGGAAGGAGAUGGUGGACUAUGUGGCUGAUUAUUUAGAGAACAUUGAGAAGAGGCAGGUUUACCCCGAUGUGGAACCUGGAUAUCUCAGGUCACUGAUUCCUGAGGAAGCCCCGCUGGAGGCAGAGAGCUAUGAGGAUGUGGUCAAAGACAUAGAGAGGGUGAUCAUGCCAGGGGUGACACACUGGCACAGCCCGUACUUCUAUGCAUACUUUCCUACUGCCCACUCUUUUCCCGCAAUGCUGGCUGAUAUGCUGUGUGGGGCCAUUGGCUGCAUUGGAUUCUCUUGGGCAGCGAGUCCUGCCUGUACAGAGCUGGAGACAGUGAUGCUGGACUGGCUGGGGAAGAUGCUGAAGCUACCAGAGGAUUUCUUGGCUGGUACAGAGGGCAGUGGGGGAGGGGUCAUCCAGGGCACUGCCAGUGAAGCCACUCUCAUAGCUCUUCUUGCUGCUCGUUCCAAAAUCGUCAAACUGAUCCAGACUGACCAUCCUGACCGAUCUGAGACAGAUAUUAUAUCCAAACUUGUUGCCUACUCAUCUGAUCAGGCACACUCAUCGGUGGAGAGGGCAGGUUUGAUAGGUGGAGUAAGGAUGAAGAAAAUUCCCACCGACAGUAAGUUUUCUGUGCGAGGAGCUGCACUGCAGAAAGUUCUAGAAGAGGACAGAGCCGCAGGACUCAUACCAUUUUUUUUUUGUGCAACACUAGGAACAACUCCAUCCUGUGCAUUCGACUGCAUCACUGAGCUUGGCCCUAUAUGUAAUGCAGAGAAGAUCUGGAUGCACAUUGAUGCUGCAUAUGCCGGGAGUGCAUUUAUCUGUCCAGAGUUCAGACCCCUGCUGAAUGGCAUAGAGUUUGCAGACUCUUUCAAUUUCAAUCCUCAUAAAUGGCUCCUGGUCAACUUUGACUGCUCAGCAAUGUGGGUGAAGAAAAGAUCAGACAUCAUUGGAGCAUUUAAAAUCGAGCCGCUUUAUCUGAAGCAUGAUCACCAAGAGUCAGGACUUGUCACUGAUUAUAGACACUGGCAGAUCCCAUUGGGUCGUAGAUUCCGCUCUCUCAAGAUGUGGUUUGUGUUCCGCAUGUAUGGACUCAAAGGUCUCCAAGCCUAUAUCCGCAAGCAUGUAGGACUGGCCAAAGAGUUUGAGUCUUUGGUGAAAGCUGAUCAACGCUUCGAGAUUUCAGCUGAUGUUGUGCUGGGCCUCGUCUGCUUUAGACUCAAGGGCUCCAAUGAAUUAAAUGAAAUUCUGUUGAAGAGGAUCAACAGCGCACGUAAGAUCCAUUUGGUACCGUGCCAACUGGCAGGCAAGUUUGUUCUGCGGUUCGCCGUGUGUGCCCGUACUACUGAGUCGCGGCAUGUUCGGGAGGCCUGGAGCCACAUCAGCCACCUGGCAUCAGAGCUGCUUCAGGAACUGCGCCACUGACUACUGUGGUGGGCAUCACAUGUUAAGACAAAUGGGUGAUCUGUAUUACGUCUGCUGUCCACAUGGUCUUACUUUCACUCUACUGCUGCAAUUCUUUCUACUAUUUAUUGUCAAAAUGUAUGUAUGCAUUGUCUUUUACUUAUUUCACUUUCAUAGCUUUGUUCACUCGUGCUGCAUUUUCAUGAAGCAAAAUCAAAUAUUGAGCAUAAUUUCUCUUUCUUUUCUAAAAGCUUUGUUCUUGACUCAGCACAGCUGCUGUGAUGAGAUAUCUCACCAACAUUCUUUGACAGCCAUUGUGCCCAAAUAGUUAAAAAGAUUCAACAGUAGUGUGUGUAUGUAUUAACAUUGACAAUAAAGUGCAUUUCU